CGGAGCGGUACCGGAGCGGGUCUGCCCCGGGGAGCCGGGCCGGGGGAGCGGGGCACGGCGGUGACUCCGUCCGGAGCGGAAUUUUGCCGGGAGCUGAGGCGCAGCCACGAAGUUCUGUCUUGAAACGGGCCGGUGGAUGGGGCUCUUUUGUUUUGGUAUGGCUUGCGGGUGAUGCAUUGUGCAAGUACCUCAAGUUUGUCCUACAAGAUGUGUUCCCCAAAUCCAGCAAACUGGGUCACCUUUGAUGACGAGCCUCUCUUCCAGUCGCCUCAGAAACUGGUUGAUAGUCAGAGUAGCUGCAAACCAAAUGGCCUUAAGCUCAACCUGUCCAGUGUCCAUGAGUCUUCAAGUAGGUCAUCCUCUACAGGCAGCACUCCUCUCUCAUCUCCUGUGGUUGAUUUCUACCUAAGUCCUGGACCCCCGAGCAACUCUCCACUUACUACACCUACCAGAGACUACCCGGGAAACCCUUGCAUUCCAAAGUCUGGGAUUCAUAUGCUUUAUCCCAUCCCUGAAUGGCCAUCAAGUGUUAAUCCUCCUGCAUCCCCCAGGAUUUGCUCAUCCUUAGCCUCGCAGAAACUGAGCAGCCUUCCUUUGAACCCCUCACCUAAUGACCAUCCAGGUAAGACUUUAGUCUCCAAAUCAGCAGAUGAAGGAAGCCCUAACCCACCAGGAAGCUGUGAGGAGCUGGCUCCAGGACAGUUCCCAUACUUUCACAGUGACUGUGCUUUUUCCAGUCCUUUUUGGAAGGAAGGGUGCUCCCUCAGCACGUCGCCAGCUAAUGUUAGCACGCACAGGAAGGACAAAGUGCUUGACAGGAGCGGGUGUCAUCCUAGAGACAAAGAAACAUGUCAUGAUCAGAAAAGCCUUAACCAGGGCUCCUUCAGUUACAUCUGUGAGAGGCUUGAACACCUGCAAGCUGACAGCUCUGAGGCCGUGGACAGCCCCCCCAUCUCCAGCACCCACGCGUGGCACAAGCUCUCCCUCACCAUCCCACGCAGCCUUUUCAGGAGCCAGAAGUCAGAUGGGUGGCCAUUCAUGCUGAGGAUUCCUGAGAAGAAGAACAUGAUGUCGUCUCGGCAGUGGGGCCCCAUUUACCUGAGUGUCCUGGCUGGAGGGGUGUUGCAGAUGUAUUACGAGAAGGGCCUGGAGAAACCUUUCAAGGAAUUCCAGCUGCAGCCGCAGUGCAAGCUGUCCGAACCCAAACUGGAGAGCUACAAUGUCUCAGGAAAAAUCCACACUGUGAAGAUCGAGUGUGUGUCUUACCUGGAGAAGAGGAGGUACCACCCCAAAGCAGAGGUGAUCCAUGAGCCAGAGGUGGAGCAGAUGUUAAAGCUGGGCACCACGGAUUAUAAUGACUUCACUGAUUUCCUCACGACAGUCGAGGACGAGCUCAUGAAACUUCCUGCUGUUUCCAGACAAAAGAGGAAUUAUGAGGAGCAAGAAAUGACUCUGGAAAUAGUGGAUAACUUUUGGGGGAAAGUCACUAAGGCAGAAGGAAAAAUCGUGGAAAGUGCUAUCAUCACACACAUUUACUGCCUGUGUUUUGUGAACGGGGGUGCCGAGUGUUUCCUCACCCUGAAUGACCUGGAGCUCCAGAAGAGGGACGAGCGUUACUUUGACAAGGAGCAGGAGAAGAAGUGGAUCAAUAUUCUCGACUGCCAUUUCCAUAGCUGUGUCAAAGCGCAGGAAUUUGAGCAGUCACGGAUUAUUAAGUUUACACCUCCAGACGCCUGCAGGCUGGAGCUGAUGCGUUUCAGGACACACUACAAUGGGCAAGACCUUCCCUUUUCUCUGAAGGCUGCAGUGGUGGUUCAGGGGGCUUACAUUGAACUUCAGGCUUUCAUAAACAUGUCUUCAACUGCUCAGAUCCUGACACGUGUACCCUCUGUGAAAUACUGUGAAGAUGUUAUGAUACGCUUUCCUGUUCCCACACAGUGGAUCAAAACAUUUUGGACCAUGAACCUCCAAAGGCAGAAGUCCCUAAAAGCGAAAAUGAAUAGGAGAGCAUGCCUUGGGGCUUUGCAUGAGGUUGAAUCUGAUCCCAUAAUCCAAGUCUCGGUUGGAACAGCAAAAUAUGAGAGUGCCUACAGGGCCGUGGUGUGGAAGAUUGACAGGCUUCCAGAUAAAAAUUCAAGUUUGGAUCAUCCACACAGCCUGUCUUACAAACUGGAACUGGGAUCAGACCAGGAGAUACCAUCUGACUGGUACCCAUUUGCUACUGUCCAGUUUGUUGUUCAUGACACCUGUGCCUCUGGAACAGAAGUGAAGUCCCUGGGCAUAGAGAGUGAUCUGCAGCCCCAGAAACACGUGGUUCAGAAAGCUUUUUACAAUUGCCAGGUUGAAAUUGAAAAGAAGUGGAUUAGGCUUGAUGGAGAAGACCCAGAUAAGGCUGGCAACUGCCUAAUGCAAUGAAAGAGGAAAAGAGGACAGGAGGCACCGUCACAGGAUAUUAGUAGGAAUCAAUUUACAUAGGAAAUUCUAUUGUUAGAAGAAGCGCAGUGACCUAGUUUAGGGUAAACACAGUCAUUGACAUUUUUUUAGUGCUUAUGGGUUUGAGUCUGCAAAUCAGUACUCAUUUGGCUGGCCUGUGUUCAAGUAAACUUCCUGUCAUGGGAGUCCUGGUAUGGGUAAGGUCUCCUUGUCAGGGUGGCAGGAUGUGAGCACUUCAUUGACUGAUUCUAGUGUAUUGUUUUCCUGUUGUCUAUCUCUGACCUGGGACUGAAAAUGGCACUAAUCAAAGGGUUCACGUCACUUGGACAUAUGUUUGGUAAUAAAAACUUUCAGAGUGCUUAUGAUCUAUCAGCACCUGUGUAAGGUCCAGAAGGACCAAUUACAUUUUUUAGUGCUUGAAAACUAAAGUUCCUGAUGUUUUGGCUCCCCUUGAUGUAUGUGAGCAGAACAAGUCCAAAUAAUAUUCUUGACCAGAGCUUUAAUUAAUGAGUUGGAAAUUGGGUGAUUUAAUUGGGAAAAAAUGUCCUCUGCAAUAAUACUCUUUAUUCUUCUGUGGCUACAACAGUCUCCUCCUCAGCACUUUAUAGGUUCACUCUAUAAUCUCUUGGGCAAGAAACUAUAUGUCAGAUGUGACUUAAGUUUUUGUGCCAGCAUUAGGCAGUUUUUUUUCACUACUGUAGCAAGUGAGAUAAGGGGUGGAUUCUCAGUGAGUGUAAAUCAGUCAUUUCAUGUGAUGAGUCUUGGAGAAUUUACACCAGAGGAGGCUUCCCAAGCAGGAGAAAAACCUGGUUGCUGCUGUUUGCUCUGUAUCUCCCUUAGGAUGCAAGUUCCAGAUGUUGGUAUGGAAACAGCAGGAGCUGUGGCUUUGAGCAACUUUUAAGACAUGCAAGGAAAGCGAGAUGUUUUCAUGCUCCUGGCUCUAAAGGCGUUUUCCAUGGGGAAAUAGUGCAGGAAUGGACUGUCACAAAAGACAUGAAGCUGUGAUGCUUCAUCAGGCAGCCUGAGCUACUAAUCACUAAUGUUAGUGUGUAACUGUGUUUUCAACAAGCAAUUGGCCUUUAGGGAAAGGUUCUAAUACUUCCCUUCAGCCAUAAUCCCCUUUGUCAUUUUCUGCAGGCUGUAAUUCCAGGUCUGAAAAAAUAUGAUCAAUUAAAAAAAUGCUCAUUAUACCCUUUUUUUUUCCCUGCAGUUUUUUAACAUUAGCCUUAUUUCAAAUUAAAAUAAGUGGAGAACAAAAAUAUAGUAAUGCACUGCCUCACUUUAUAUCUUUAUAUUUUGUACAGUUUGUAACUGUUUAUAUGAACACUGUGUAAAAAUACACAUAAAUGGCAUUCCCCAAAAGUAGAAAUAUGUGGGAUAUACACAGAGAAAAUUACCAGUCUGAGGAAACAGAAGACCAUAAUAUGAACCUAGUUCAUCACAAUAAACUUUUCCCCCCAUCCAGAAGCUGAGAAUGAAAUGGGUAAUAGAUUCUAUAGUAAGUCCUGAGGGCAGGUUUUUUAUGGGUAUUGUAUUGCCAAAGCCCCAAAUAGACUAUAAUGGUAUUUGGGCUUCUCUAUAUAUCCCUUUUUAUUAGCAGAUUAUAUUGUUAUAAAUCUAGGCAAGCAUUGGACUACAGUAGUGAUCCAAAUAUGUCUCAGCUGUUGCAAUUCUCCGUCUGUGUUUUGACUUGAGAAGCUAUUAGCACCUUCAUGUCAUGUUUGGUGUGUUUUAUUCAUAUUUAAUUUUAGUUUAUAUUCUGCUCAGCUGAACUAAGGGGCACAGCACUGCCACCAGGGCAAAGUGUUUAUACUUAGCAACGUGGCAAGCUCUACAGUUUGCUGAAGUCCAUGGCUGUACUACAGCUACAAUAUUUAUUAACCUCUUUGCUCAGUGACGUAGAGGAAGCAAAAUAUGCAUUGCAAUUACCUGCACUUACUUUGUCUAAGGCUGACUUGUUUUGAUUGGCAUUAAACAGCUAAUUCAGUAAACUUAUUAGCAGUAGUUGCUCUCUAAAGCCUGACUUGCCCAGCUGGUCCCUAUUUUUCUAUUUGAAGAAGGAGGAAGCUAAAUAUCUCCAUUCCAUCUCUUGCCUCUUAGGAUCUCCAUUCCCAGCACUCACCUCCUGGGCAUUAGGUAACUGGUGGUGUUACAGGUCCUGCAGAAGCUGUGGCUGCUUUUCUGCUCUCAGGUGUCUGCUGUGUCUCAGGAGCCUAUGUAGAGUUGGCCCUUCAAGAUACAAGCUAUUGUUUGCAAUGGGUGGCUUAAACAAGGAAUGACCACCUUACAAGUCACCAUUCCUGCUAGAGAGUUGUAUUAAAGUGUUAUGGUGCAAAUGAUAAUUCAGACUUACUGAACCCAGUAGCAUAAAAAGGUCAAGCUACAGCUUUAUCUGUGUUGCAAACCCCUGGAUUUUCAUCUGAGGUUUGCAAGACUCAUGAUUAACUUUAGAUCAGGGUAACAGGGAAUUUUUCCCACAGAAAUACCUCUACACUGAAAGAAAGCUACUCUGUUUAAUACAUGGCUUUCAGUUUAAACUGAAAUUAGUGCAGCCUAAGGUUGAAUAAUUGCCCUGUUCAGUCUCAUGUUGAUGUUUAUAUGCCUUUAUGUCAGAAUAUUUAGAAGUAGGCUGCAGUUUAAUGAAAGAAAAUUUGGGUUGUCUGACUUUUUUCCCUGCCAUCAAAUUCUAACUUCCUGGUAUAUUGCAACAUGCCAAACCAGAAAUAACCAGGCUUCUCCUUUCUUCUGUGUUGUCUUGAGCAACUGAACUUACUGAAAAAAUAUUCUUAACUUUAAAACUCAUUGCUAACAUUUUCCAUGAAUGUUAUAGCAGCUGAUACUGAGUAAACAUAUGGGCUCCGAAUUCUUUAGAAAUCUGGGCUACCAAUAGUCUAAUUGUAAUUUUGGGAAGGGGAAUGGAGAUGAGGAACAAUUGCUAUAAGCUGUUGUGAGGCAGAAGCAGUGUCCAGCUAGCAGAAGGACUGGAGCUUUAAAUAACCUAUGAGGUAUUGGCAUCAUGUGAGGAGCCAGGUUUCACACGUGUCUGAUCUCUGCUUCCUGCAGCGAGCACCUGCAGUCACUGAAAUGCUUCCAACUGUCUGGGUCACUUAAGAUGCUGACAUUUUGCUAGCAUUUACCUCAGAGCUGUGUUUAGAUGUUAUCUGUGUUUCCUUCACAAAGGACCAGCAGGGUUUGAGAGAUUUUAUAUUUAAAACAAAUCAAUGAGAACAACUAUUUUUAUAGUGUGUUUAAACAGCCUUACAAAGUGUUGUAUUUGCUGAAACCAACAAACUUUAUGAAGUUUAUCUUUGCAUUCAUCUUUCUCAUACUAAUUGUAUUACUCCAGGUAAAUGGUACUUGAUGUAAUUUUGGAUUCAAACACCCAUUGGAGUCAGUGGAAGUCUUUUAACUGACAAAAUGGGAUCUGCAUCAAAGUCUCUAAGAAUAAAAGAGAGGCAAAAAAAAAAGAAGAAGAAAGGAAUAGUGCUAAUAGUCUGUAGAUUAUUUUUUAUGUCAGUAAGAAACCUGCAAAGCCUGCUUAUUCCAACCAGAAGAAAGCACAAAGGGUAGGAAAAGAGAACAAUGGUUCUGCUGCCCCUGGGUAGAAAGUCUUGAGAAAUGAGGAUGAUGAUGAUGAUGCACUCCAUUGAACUUGAUACCAAGCCACUGUCAUCCUUAUGCUCCUUGCUUUGUUUUCCUACAGAUUUUGUAUCAAUCGUCCAAAAGAAUUUUACAUGUUUUCAUAUGUCACUCGUGGUUGUGUUUAUUUUACCUGGCAGACUUAUUUGCUGAGGUCUUGGUGUCCAUACUUCUAUUUUGCAUUCAUUUGUCUUUUUGAUACUUAACACGGUAACUAACUGCUGCAGUUAGUAGUUCUUAGCAAUAAUUUUGAUAACUCUGAAGCAGUGCUGUUACUCCUAAUGGAAACUAUAAUUUUAUUUGAGUCUUUUGUCAGUAUUAGUGCAAAGGGAUCAUGCUGAUAAUGUUGUAAUAACAUUUUGUAGAUUGCAUAUUGAUUAAAAAAAUAAAGUUGUAUUUCAAACUA